CUUGUAACGGUUUUAGCGAGCAUCUCGGAAUUACGUUAAAGCAUGCAUCGCAAACGAAAUCAUACACAUACUUUGUCAAAUUAGCUACGGUUCGCACAGGCUUUGCUUGAAAGGAAAGUUUAUUGAGACGUACUACAAAAGAGAUUUAAAAGUAAGACGAUUAGACAAAAUGAACGGCUCGAUUAAUAAAAGAAGCGAAAAGCUCACUGAAACAAUUUUUGACGAUCUGAAACCUGGGAACGAGUGUAACAUAGACUGCUAUUCCAAGCAUGCAAAAUACUAUGAAGAAGCAUUGACUGGUAUCGGAUAUGUUGUUCCCCGUUGGUGUGCUGAACAUUCGCUGAAGCAUGUUGCAACUUCAUCAGAAAAUCUGAAGGCGUUGGACAUUUGUGUUGGCACUGGACUUGGAGCAAAAUCGCUGUCCGAUUUGGGAUUUAUUGGCGUUAUCGACGCAGUAGAUGGAAAUGCAGCCAUGUUGGAAGAAGCUAAAAAAAAGGGAAUCUUUCGAGAUUUGAAGCAAUGCAUCAUAAAACCCGAUGUGCCACUGCCGUUUGAAGAUGAAACCUAUGAUAUUGCAAUCUGUAUUGGAGCAUUUAGUGCUGGUCACAUUCGAGCAGAAUGUAUUGUGGAUUUCUUUCGAAUUCUGAAAAAAGGAGGGACCUUUGCUUUCAACACUACGAACUUUCAUUCCGAUGAUAAUCAAGCGAAUGAUGAUGACUUGAAUAAAGCUGAUCAAGUCAUUGAAGGCCUUAUAAAAGACGGUGUUUGUGAACUGAUUAGUCUGAAUAUUUGCGAGAGCAUGGACCGCGUAUCACAAGAUUUCAAAUACAUCAAAGGGAAUAUUGACAAGCUUCGUUGUCUGAGAAAAAAGUAGAAUGCGCACAUAUAUAUAUGGUUUAAAAGUCAACAAAGUUUAAAAUGAUAUUACUUUUUAGAAGUGUAAUACUGUAGAAUGUUAAUAUUUUUGUCAAGGUACAAUUUUGAACAACAGAAGAUGAACUAUAUGUAGUAUAUAUACUUCUGUGUUGUGUUUUUUCGAACUCUCCCGAGUGUCUGUUUCUCAACGUAAGAAGUAUAUAGUACAUUAGCCUACUUUGUUUUCUAUCUUUAAUAUAGCUGUUAUCCAGUAUAUGUCAAUGUCAUUAACUACGAAAUACAAGGUCAUACAAUCAG